UGAUUAUUGAAAGGAAAUUUUGUUAGGUGGACCGUGAACCUUCUCUCAAUCACGGUGGUGGGAGAGAAGAUACGGAGAGAACAGGGAUUUCAUGGCGGCUUCGAAGCUUCAAGCUCUCUGGAACCACCCGGCCGGCCCCAAAACCAUUCACUUCUGGGCUCCAACCUUUAAAUGGGGUAUCAGCAUAGCAAAUGUUGCCGACUUUUCUAAACCACCAGAAAAGCUUUCUUACCCUCAGCAAAUUGCGGUUACAUGUACUGGACUUAUCUGGUCACGCUACAGCACAGUAAUUACACCAAAAAACUGGAACCUUUUCAGUGUAAAUGUUGCAAUGGCUGGGACAGGGCUUUACCAACUGACACGCAAAAUUCAGCACGAUUACUUUUCCGAGACAGAAGUGGCUGCCACAAAAGAAUAAUAACAAAGAACUCCCUAGACUUCUCAUUGUGUAUCUUGGGGUGUUGAGCCCAUCUUGAUUACUUUUUUUUUGCAUUCAAGCAUUGUCUUCAGAGUUCAGAUGUGUGGUUACAACUUGUUUUUUGUAGAUUUUUGUUGCAUGGUUUGAUUCAAUGGUUACGUAUUGGACCAAACUUUAAAUUUUACGAGUCUUGGUUGAGGAAACAGAACAAUUUCUAUA